AUGCCGUCCAAUGAGGGCCUUGUCUCGCUUGCGCGCGAGUUCCGCGUUCUGAUCGUUGGUGGCUCCUACGGUGGAUUGGCGUCAGCCAUGACGCUGAUCGAUCUUUGCCGUGGUCGUCUCGCUCGUUUCAACUUCACGCCCAAUGCACAGCCCCCUCAACAUCGCAUACCCAUCCAGAUCACAUUAGUGGACGAGAGGGAUGGAUACUAUCACCUCAUCGGCUCCCCCAAGGCACUCGCCUCGGAGAAAUACGCCUCAAAGACCUGGAAUAGAUUCGUGGAUAUUCCUGCCUUGAAGACACCAGACAUCAAAUGGAUCCAAGGAAGUGUCCACUCGGUGGACUGCCGGCGGAAGGUGGCUCAGAUCCUUGAUAGCCAGACGAGGCGAUCGAGGGAAGAGAAGUACGACUUUUUGAUCGCUGCAUCUGGUCUACGCCGCGCUUUUCCGACAGUGCCACAGUCCCUGGAGCGUCGAGAGUUCCUGGAAGAGACAAGGAAGAAUGUUGAGGCCAUCCAAAACGCAAGGGAAGGCGUGGUGGUGAUUGGAGGGGGUGCCGUCGGUGCUGAAAUGGCCGCCGAGUUGAAAGAUCUUUACCCCAACCAGAAGAUCACCCUGAUCCACUCCCGCGACCACCUCCUCUCUGCCGAGCCUCUGCCCGAUGCGUUCAAAGAGCGAAUCUGCACUAUCCUCCGCGAGCAGGAGGUCACAGUCAUCCUCGGACAACGCGUGGUCGACACCACUGCCGUUGAGACAGAGGGAGGACGCCGCGUCUGGCAGCUUACUCUCUCCGACGGCACCAAGCUCACGGCUGGCCAUGUGAUGAACGCCGUUUCGAAGAGUGUCGCGACUUCCACUUAUCUGCCUAAAGAGGCGUUGAACGAGGAGGGACUCGUCAAGAUCAGACCCUCCCUGCAAUUUCCGGACAAUGUUCCUAACGCAGAUGACCACUUCGCUGUGGGUGAUAUCGUUUCGUGGUCGGGGAUCAAACGCUGUGGCGCUGCCAUGCACAAGGGUCAUUACGCAGCGACCAAUGUCCAUCAGCGCAUGAUGGCUCAGGCUUUGAGCACUAAGCCUGAGUUCGUCAACCUGCAGCCGCACCCGGCCGUCAUGGCUAUUGCUCUGGGCAAGAACGCGGUGGCAUAUGACUCGGAGGGCGGGCUGCAGGACGGUGCGAAAACCUACGCUACCAUGUUUGGUGACGACAUGGGCUUCAGCAUCUGCUGGAAUUACAUGAAGCUGGGUGAGCCUUGCCAGGCUUAG